AUGGCAUAUCAAAACGAAGCAUUAGUUAAUUGGGAUCCUAUAGAUCAAACAGUCUUGGCUAAUGAGCAAGUAGAUUCGGAAGGACGUUCAUGGCGUUCAGGUGCUAAAGAUUUGUUAAAUGAUCUUGAUACCUUGGAUAAAUGGCCGGAUCGCGUGAAACAAAUGCAAAGAUUUUGGAUUGGAAAAUCUGAAGGAAUUAAUACAGGAAUGUUCGCAACUCAUCCUUUUACCGGAUUAUCAAUACCUUUAUAUAUAGCAUCAUAUGUAAUUUCGGAUUAUGGUACAGGCGCGGUGAUGGGUGUUCCGGCACAUGAUAAACGUGAUUGGGAAUUUUUCAAACGAAAUUUUCACGAUAAUGAUAAUAUAAAUAUCAAAAGGGCAGUUAGACCCGUGAAAAAGGAUGAUAAAGAUGAUGAUAAUAAGGUUUUUACUUCAUUUGGAAUUUUGACAGAAAAUUGUGGACAAUAUGCAGGAUUAACGAGUGAAGAAGCCAUGAAGAAAAUUGUUCAGGAUGCAUAUAAAUCUGGAUAUGGUCGUUUUUCUGUGCAGAUUGUGCCUGUUCCAGAAUCAGAAUUACCAGUAUUAUUACCUACGAAUGUAUCUUUUACUGGUCGAAAUGGUUCACCUUUAAAACAAGCAUAUGAUUGGAUUAAUUGUAAAUGUCCCAAAUGCCAAGGUCCUGCACAAAGGGACACUGAUACUAUGGACACAUUUGUGGAUUCUUCGUGGUAUUUUAUGCGAUAUACUGACCCAAAGAAUAACUCAUUACCAUUUGAUAAAGAAAAAGCAUCAGAAUUGAUCCCUGUUGAUAUGUAUAUUGGAGGAGGAAUGGUUCAUGGAAAAACUUUUAAAGAUCCAAUAACAAAAAGGUUUCUAAAACCAGAGGAAGUUGAUCUGACAAAUCCAAACAAUCCAAUACAAAUUUCAUCAGGACUUACUUCUCUAGUUUCAUAUGAAAAAAUGUCAAAGAGUAAAUAUAAUGGAGUUGAUCCGGAAGUAACGGAUGCCACAAGAUUACAUAUACUUUCUAAAGCUCCUGUUUCAGAAGUACUUGAAUGGGAAGAAUCAAGUAUUGUUGGUAUACAGAGAUGGAUUUUGAGAGUAAAGAGACUUGUAGAAAAUGUUGUUGAAAAUAAUCAUCAUUUAAAUAAUAAUUUAUCAACAAAUAAUUCAUCAUAUGUUCAAAAUUUUGUUGGUGAUUUAAAUUUAAUGAGUGACAAUAGUAUUUGA